AUGAAGCUUUACGUGUGGUGCAGGUUGGUGUUUGGAGUUUCAGCAGUAACUGUGGUUUCACCCUGGGAAGGUAGCAUUAGCCACUUCAGCAGGAACUGUGGUUUCACCCUGGGAAGGUAGCAUUAGCCACUUCAGCAGGAACUGUGGUUUCACCCUGGGAAGGUAGCAUUAGCCACAUAAGUGGGCCAGAUCUGUUGACACUCUAUUACUGACUGACACUUUUAUCAGGAGUAGCUCAGCUCAAUGUACACAGGGAGGGAGGGUGUGUGUGCGUGUGCGUGUGUGUGUGUGUGCGUGUGCGUGCGUGUGUGUGUGCGUGUGCGUGUGUGUGCGUGCGUGCGUGCGUGCGUGUGUGUGUGUGCGUGCGUGUGUGUAAAAGGUGGUGUGACAUAUUUAGAGCAGCCUUUCCAGCCCCAUACACUGGGGAUGCUGCCCACUGACACUGAUGUGAAGGCAACACACAAACACCAGGAAUCAGGCUAAUUUAAAAUUGGCUUUGAGAAAUGGUGUGUUUUGAAGUGAGUGUGGUGUGGUAUUACCACACAUCUCCAUGUGUUUUUGAACCUGUUAUGAAUGUCUAAUGAUGAAUCAUUCCAUCAAGUCCACUUCGUCAAGUUCAGCAGUGAUUUUUAUAGUAACUCCCUCUCACCUGGUUUACAGGAUCUCCCUCACAAACACAUGUGCAUUCUCACAUCACCCAGUCUCUCUCACAGACACUAAAGUUCCCCCCCAUGUCUCUCUCACAGACACUAAAGUUCCCCCCGUGUCUCUCUCACAGACACUAAAGUUCCCCCCCAUGGCUCUCUCACAGACACUAAAGUUCCCCCCCAUGUCUCUCUCACAGACACUGAAGUUUCCCCCCAUGUCUCUCUCACAGACACUAAAGUUCCCCCCCAUGUCUCUCUCACAGACACUAAAGUUCCCCCCAUGUCUCUCUCACAGACACUAAAGUUCCCCCCAUGUCUCUCUCACAGACACUACAGUUCCCCCCCAUGUCUCUCUCACAGACACUACAGUUCCCCCCCAUGUCUCUCUCACAGACACUACAGUUCCCCCCCAUGUCUCUCACAGACACUAAAGUUCCCCCCGUGUCUCUCUCACAGACACUAAAGUUCCCCCCGUUCCUCUCUCACAGACACUAAAGUUCCCCCCCCAUGUCUCUCUCACAGACACUAAAGUUCCCCCCAUGUCUCUCUCACAGACACUAAAGUUUCCCCCCAUGUCUCUCUCACAGACACUAAAGUUCCCCCCCAUGUCUCUCUCACAGACACUAAAGUUCCCCCCAUGGCUCUCUCACAGACACUAAAGUUCCCCCCAUGUCUCUCUCACAGACACUAAAGUUCCCCCCCAUGUCUCUCUCACAGACACUAAAGUUCCCCCCAUGUCUCUCUCACAGACACUAAAGUUCCCCCCCAUUGCUCUCUCCUGUAGGUAAACUACCGCUGAGGCUCCUGAUGGAUGAUGGGGAGGAGGACAUGUCUCUUCAGCAUCCUGCCUCGCCGUGCUGGGGCACCCCCUUCAGGGACAUCAAGUUCCACACCAGGGACAGGGGGGACAGGGGGGACAGAGACACCAGGGACAGAGGAGACACCCAGGACAGGUCUACGCAGACGUCGACUGGACCCAAUGCCAUUGUCCCACGGUCGGAUGGACACAACAUCAUGGUUCCACAAGGCCACAACAACAACACCUUGCCCUGUGGGUCGCAGGACAAUCACCAGGCCAGAAUACUGUUCCAUGGUAAGAAAGGGCGAAGAGGAACCCCUACCACACAUGACAUGUAUCAUCAAAAUCUACACUGAGUGGACAAAACAUUAAGAACACCUGCUCUUUCCAUGACAUAGACUGACCAGGUGAAUCCAGGUGAAAGCUAUGAUCCCUUAUGGAUGUCACUUCUAAAAACCCACUCCAAUCAGUGUAGAUGAAGGGGGAGGAGACAGGUUAAAGAAGGAUUUUUAAGCCUUGAGACAAUUGAGACAUGGAUUGUGCGUGUGUGCCACUCAGAGGGUGAAUGGGGGAGACAAAAGAUUUAAGUGCCUUUGAACGGGGGUAUGGUAUUAGGUGCCAGGCGCACCGGUUUGUGUCAAGAACUGCAACGCUGCUGGGAUUUUCACGCUCAACAGUUUCCCGUGCGUAUCAAGAAUGGUCCACCUCCCAAAGGACAUCCAGCCAACUUGAGACAACUGCAGGAAGCAUUGGAGUCAACAUGGCCCAGCAUCCCUGUGGAACGCUUUCGACACCGAGUCCAUGCCCCGACGAAUUGAGGCUGUUCUGAGGGCAAAAGGGGAGGGGGGGGGGGGUGCAACUCAAUGUUAGGAAGGUCUUCCUAAUGUUUGGUAAACUCAGUGUAUUUCAAAUACAUAAAUCAUACACAGCUCAAAUAUGUAAAAUUCUUUGACGUGUAUUUGACUCAGGUCUGACCAGAUGACAGUUAUAGUGUUAGUUUAGUGUAGUGUGGUUAGGUCUGAUCAGAUGACCGGUAUAGUGUUGGUUUAGUGUAGUGUGUGACUCAGGGGUUUUCCACUAGACCAAGUGGCGAUACGUAACAUCCAGGUAUUCUACACUGUCGCAGUAGAGGUUAUCAUCUCAUGGCUUUUUACAUGUUUCAUACACAGACUCACAGUAUAUCAUUCAGGCAAAACAAACAGACAGAGGCUGGAAAAUACACACGCAUUCAGGAACACACACACAUACACACACACAUACACACACACACACACACACACGCACACGCGCACAUACACACACACGCACAUACACACACGCACAUACACAUACACGCACAUACACACAACAGCACCACGCACAACACACUCAGAACAUGACAACACCGCACAUCCCGACUACAACACGCAUCACGCACAUUAGCACUACAACACAACGCACAACUGCAGACCGACCACAUCAAUCACAACUCCAAGUAAACACAGCAAAUACAAAACACCAGCACAAUACAAAUCAGCAUACACGACCAAUACAACACACGGGAAUGACACAGGCAUCCACUAGACCAAGCAUACGAACACCAGUACAUGCCAAAGCACACUCACUUACAUCAACACCACAUACACACGCAAACAACACAGCGAAUAACCAUCAACACACACACACAUACACACAACACACCACAGCACAUACCACACCACACACACACGCACAUACACACACAACCCCCACACAUACCACACCACAUACCACACAUACACACACACGCACAUCACACACACACCGCACACACACACGCACACACACACACACGCACAUUUGAAUUGAAGGUUGUGUGCUGUGAUGUAAUGUCAUCAGUGUGACAUCACUCUAACAGAGUAAAACCGUUGAGUAACACAGUCAGACUGCUGCCUGUUUAUCAGACCAGAUCUAAACGUCUGGGUCAAAGUUCAGACGGGUAAACACAGCCUACUGUUCUAACCACCAGUCCGACUGCUGCCUGUUUAUCAGACCAGAUCUAAACGUCUGGGGUCAAAGUUCAGACGGGUAAACACAGCCUACUGUUCUAACCACCAGUCAGCAAUCAUUAUGACCCCAUAACUUGUCACAGACACUAGAGACCUUUUUUAGUGUGACCUUUACCCUCUCCCAGACCUCCAGUUUAGAACUAUGCCCUCUAUAUCAAGCCUUAUCCACCUCUUUAUUUUCCCUGUCCCUUCUAUCUAUGGACAAAGGAACAGACAGAUCUCUUUUCUUUUUUUUUUAUUGCGUAAAGAUAAUUGUUUUCUUUUAAUGGCGUGACGAUGAAGAGGCCAGGAGGCGCGUGCCAGGGUCGGUGACUAAAAGCCAAACCAGCUGGGGUCAUCAAGGUUGUUGUUGGUUUAACUUAAUAUGUUUGAGUUUCCACCCUACCGGUCGACCGACACGCUCGUAUAGAAGGGAGUUUUCUAAGGUUAUACUACCGUAUCAUUUGACUGUAAGAAACUGGUCACGAUGCCAAAUCUGAUAGAACCAGUUUAGUGUUACUGGCAGCGGUACAGCGGUACAGUUACAGUGACGGCACGCUAAAGUAAACACAGUGAGUCACCUAGCCGGCAAGCCAGUCUUUGGUGACAGACAAAAGGAGCAUUGUGUCUUCUGUGUCUGGCACAUAAACACACCCACCAGUAAAUCUAGAAUGUUUAGCUGCUUGUCAUUAGACCAGAGCCAAGAGCCAUACUAAUCUGUCCACUUCAUAAAGUGGGAGAGAUCUGUUGUCUCCCUAAUCCCUACACCCCUCUCCCCAAAAUCAUUAUUAAAAGCCAACUGUAAAAAGGCAAUGGUUUACAAUGCUUUGGUCAACCGAAUAUCUCACUAACUGAUUGUAAAUCAGAGGUCAAAUCCAGCCCAUGACCCCAAUGCCAUUAUAAAACAACGACACUGAACGAUUAUACAUUUUGUCUUCCCACAGGCAACGCUGGAUUCCGUGUGCACUUCCCAGCUAGGUUCGAGCCCCUGGAUGACCAGGGAGAGAGGCAGAACGGGGAGGAGGAGAGGAGGAGGAGACAGAACGGGGAGGAGGAGAGGAGGAGAAUGGAGGAGAGACCAGAAGAAGAGCGGUUGGAGGAUAGCACGGCGGAUAGCACGGAGGUGAAGAUCGGACGUAAGCUCCGGGAGAUCGGAGACCAGUUCCAGCAGGACCAUGUUCAACCGGUAAGGGGUCAAAGGUUAACUAACUGUGUGUGUCUGUGUUCAACCGGUAAGGGGUCAAAGGUUAACUAACUGUGUGUGUCUGUGUUCAACCGGUAAGGGGUCAAAGGUUAACUAACUGUGUGUGUCUGUGUUCAACCGGUAAGGGGUCAAAGGUUAACUAACUGUGUGUGUCUGUGUUCAACCGGUAAGGGGUCAAAGGUUAACUAACUGUGUGUGUCUGUGUCUGCGUGUUCGGUUGGGUAUGGACUGGGGCCGUCCACUGCCAGACUGCAGUGGCUUGUGGCUCUUCACUGUGAAAAGAAAAGUCCCAACAUUUUGCCAGCUGGGGCGGCCACAAAUAAGCCUGCUCGGAAUAGAGCUCUGUCACCGAUUCAACCACAUUCUAGAACCAUUUCCCCCCAACCCAAAACCACAAAUUGCCAGGCAGAUAUGCUAGAGGGUGGAGCCUGGUCACAGAAUUCAUAAAGUAUUAUUUACACUGAAAAGGAGGUUGGUUCUUAGUGACAAUGAACAUUGGGAACAACUGCUCUUUCCAUGACAUAGACUGACCAGGUGAAUCGAGGUGAAAGCUAUGAUCCCUUAUUAACACAUAUGGAAUCAUGUAGUAACCAAAAAAGUGUUAAACAAAUCAAAAUAUAUUUUAUAUUUGAGAUUCUUCAAAGUAGAUACCCUUUGCCUUGAUGACAGCUUUGCACGCUCUUGGUAUUCGAUGAUAUGAAUCAUGGAUGCUAUACUAGACAAUCAGUGAUGAACACAACACAACAUUUCCUUCCCUCUUUUAAACUAGGCAUGAAAGGAGGUGUUGAAGGUGAGCAGUUGAAAUGUUGCUGGGCCUAGCUGACGUUGAACUUUGACAUGGUGUUGACAAGAAGGUGCGGAGCUUGUCUGCGCGGUGUGGUCGUUGCACCCUGACCCCUGACUUGGAUUCCAGGAAGCCGUGCUCUCUUUUUUUUUUUUUUGUAGCGCUCCUGA